ACAAGAAGUGAAAAGCCAAACACAGCUCGCUUCUAUCGGUGGAUUAUGAGUGCGAGUCGAUUUCCAAAGUUCCUCAAACCGGAUGACGAAUCGUUUGCAUCGGAACGGGACGCGGCACCAGCGGAUGAUCACGUAACGUCGUUCGUCUUCAACGCCCACCAGUCGCUCAAUCUUGCAGCGCAGCGCGAACGUCUGCCGAUACGCCAGUACCGUGACCAGAUUCUGUACUGUCUCGAGCACUAUCAAACGCUCGUACUGGUCGGUGAAACCGGAUCCGGCAAAAGCACACAAGUACCGCAGUACCUGUACGAGUUCGGAUGGCACACGAAAGGACUGAUCGGCAUUACCGAACCUCGCCGCAUAUCGGCCAUCACGCUUGCCGACCGUGUCGCCACAGAACGGGGCGAACUGUGCGGCGAAACGGUCGGUGUCUCGAUUCGCUUCAUCUCCAAAUGUGAUCCCGAGCAGACGAAAAUCAAGUAUCUCACCGAGGGCAUACUGUUGCGCGAAAUGUUGGCCGAUCCGCUGCUCACGCAGUAUGCCGUCAUCAUGGUGGACGAGGCGCACGAACGCAACACACUAACCGACACGGCCUUGGGACUGUUGAAAAAGAUUGCCCGAAAGCGUACCAAUCUGAAAAUAAUCAUUUCUUCCGCCACGGUGGAUGCGGAAUUGUUUCGAGAUUUCUUUAACCUCAAACCGAAGAAGGAUGGCAAAGAUACGGCCGUUAUACUGACGGUCGAGGGUCGCAUGUAUUCGCAGGAUAUUUUUUAUCUACAGGAACCGUGUCCGGAUUAUGUGAAGGAAACGGUUAACACGGUGAUGAAGAUACAUCGUACCGAGGCGAAGGGUGAUGUGUUGGCGUUUCUUACCGGACAGGAGGAAGUGCUGAGGGCGGUGGAGUUGCUAAAGGAGCAUCAGGAGAUGGGUGGUAAGGAGGAUAUGCAGAUACUGCCGAUGUACGGUACGUUGCCAAAUUCGGAUCAGUUGAAGGUGUUCUUUAACGCUCCGAAGGGCGUCCGGAAGGUGGUGCUGGCGACAAACAUUGCCGAGACAUCCGUUACAAUCCCGGGAAUUGUGUAUGUGAUUGAUUGUGGUUUCGUCAAACUGAAAUGGUACUCAGCAGAUAGCACCACCGACAGCUUGGUCGUAGUUCCAGUAAGCAAAGCGGCCGCCGAACAACGUGCUGGACGUGCCGGACGCAUCCGUAGCGGAAAAGUGUAUCGUCUCUAUACCGAGGAAGCAUGGGAAAAGCUCCCGGAACAUACACCACCCGAAAUGCGACGCUCUGAUCUGUGCAGUACGGUCCUCUUCCUGAAAGCACUUGGCAUAGACAACAUCCUACGCUUUACGUUUCCUUCUGCACCACCGGCAAAGAAUUUGCUCGCCUGUCUAGAAACACUGUACGCACUGGAAGCGCUCGAUGCGGACGGAUCUCUCACUUCGCCGGUCGGAUACUUUCUCGCCGAAAUGUCCAUCCCACCGAUGAUGGCCAAGAUGCUGUUUAAGGCAGGUGAAAUGGGCUGCUCGGAGGAGAUCCUCAUCAUCAUCGCCAUGCUGCAGGUACAGUCCGUUUUUUCUAAACCGGGUGGUGGACAGGCCGCUAUCAGGGCACGCAUAGCGAAGCGUAACUUUGAGGUGGCCGAAGGUGACCUGAUUACGCUGCUAAAUGUGUAUUGUGCAUUUGUGGAGGCUGGCCGUACGAAAGAAUUUUGUGGCCGCAAUUUUCUCAUCUAUCGCAAUCUAAAGCGGGCUCAUGAAAUUAAAACGCAGCUAGCGGGAAUGUUGGAGCGUGAGCUGAACGUGCCACUUCUAUCGUGCCAUGGGAAUGUGGAAACUAUAUGCCGUUGUGUUGUGGCCGGAUUUUUCCCUUACGCCGCUUACCUGCAUCAUUCCGGCGUUUAUAGGACGGUUCGAGGUAAUACCGAGCUAAGCAUACAUCCGCUGUCCGCACUGUAUACGGAGCAGCAACCGCAGUGGGUCGUGUUCUGUGAGCUAAUGCACACGACCAAGCUGUUUAUGAAAGAUUUAACCGUAAUUCAGCAGCAGUGGCUGACGGAAAUAGCGCCCCACUACUACCACAAGGUGACUGUACGCGAUCAUAUCUGA